CCGAUGGGACACUACCGGUACCGACGAGGUGGACGGUCUUUAGCCCGCUUGGACAUCAUCGUCUUUGGGGUAUUUUGAAGUUCGUAAGUAUCGAUCGCAUCUUAUUUCUUCAGCGACGCUGGCGGCGAUGUGGCAGUGCUGAUUCCAGUGACUUCUGACGAGGCUUUUGUAUGUGUUAUGCUGUGUUUCAUCAAUGGUGUGAGGGCUAUCAGCGUAUUCGUCAUACGAGGGUAUCGUUCGGCUUAUGGGAUGAUUCCCAUCAGUAAUUUCGUUGAUUGAUAACAUGUCGCUGAGCUAAGUGAGUGUAUAUGGCCGCGAGUGCUCUCCCACUUGGCAGUAGUGUAUAUACCGGCGAGUGCGCCAGUGGCAUCAGUCGCAGAUGAGUGGUGUGGUGUGUUGACGGCGUUGGAUAACGCGGCUACUCGGUACUCGGCGCUGUGGAGACCGUGGGACAGGAGGUGCUAUUUUGUCUUCUUUGACGUCUUUGUUAACAUCGUUGUAAUAUAAUAAGAAGAAGCGAGACCAGGAAUAAUGUCUGGUAAAAAGAAGCGGGACCGGGAAUACAAAUGUACCAAUCGACUGCAGGAAAGUAAGCGCCCUCUGUACGGCUUGGCGUUCAACCUCACUGAUGCGCGGUACAAGAAUGUCUUUGCGUCCGUCGGUAUCAACAGAGUUACAGUGUAUAAGUGCCUGCCACAAGGCGAGGUGACCGUACUGCAGGCGUAUGUCGAUGAAGACAAAGAUGAGAACUUUUACACCGUCUGCUGGAGCUGUGACGAUUUUGGAUGUCCGAUGCUAGCCGUUAGUGGCAGCCAUGGGGUUAUUCGGAUAAUCGAUUGCAGCCAAUUUCGGUUGCAAAAGAGUUUCACAGGUCAUGGCGGGUCGGUAAAUGAGCUGAGAGUGCAGCCGCAGAAGCCCGAGCUUCUUCUAUCCGCUAGCAAGGAUGAGUCCGUGAGGCUAUGGAAUAUAAAGACUGGAGUAUGUGUGCUCAUCUUGGCGGGUUCAGCAGCUCAUCGCAAUGAAGUUCUCAGCGUGGAUUUUCAUCCAUCGGACAUGAAGAAGAUACUGAGCUGUGGCAUGGACAGUAGCAUCAAGAUCUGGUCGCUGAAAGAUUUCUGGCGGUACGUUGAAAUGUCUUUCACAUGGGAUGGUCUGAGAACGGAUUUCCCGACCAAGUACGUCCAGUUUCCGCUCCUAUCAGCAUUUGAUGUCCAUAACAAUUAUGUUGACUGUGCUCGGUGGCUCGGAGAUCUCGUCUUGUCGAAGAGUGUGGAUAACGAAAUCGUUCUUUGGAAGCCUCCAAAGGUGCUUGGGAAUGGCCAUUCAGAUGGAUCUGUGGACGUCCUUCAGAAGUAUGCUGUUCCUGAGUGUGACAUAUGGUUCAUGAAGUUCUCGAUGGAUUUUCACUGUACCACUCUAACAAUAGGGAAUCGGGAAGGAAAAAUCUUUGUGUUCGAGCCGCAGAACUCUCCCCUUGCUAUUACCAAGUUGGGAACUCCACAAUGCAAGUCUCCAGUUCGACAAACUGCAACAUCUUUUGAUGGGAGCACAAUUCUUUGCUGCUGCGAGGAUGGCAGCAUUUGGAGAUGGGAUCUGUCGACAGCAUCCUCGAAGGAUGAGUAGGGGGAGCACAAAGGAUGUCCGGGCUAAAAUGUUCUUUUAUUACUGUUUAUAUUAAAGCGGGAGGAUGAAUUUUCAACUUUCGGCGCAAGAGCCAGCAUUAUCUAUUGAAGGGGUUAAGUGGUGGGGCCAUAUUGUUGUUUUUUCCGAAUUCUUUCGAUGAUACCAGUUAUUCUAUCGUCAAGAUGUCAAGUUCCGAACUGUGUGGGAGUAUGACGUCUUUUUUUUUUUUUUUUCGAUGUCAUGUGUAGAUUUGCUCAGGAAAUUAUGGGAACGUUACUAUCCCCUGCGGAUGGGAUGCUGUCUGUGGUCCCUGCGGAUGUCACUCGAUUGCUUUCCCUCGCUUUUCCUCAUAUCCGUUUUCAAUUGUGAUUGAUAAAUGUCGAGGCGGACUUUAUCCAAGUAUGGUGAGGAAACGAGGAAAUAGGUUGAGACUUUAAAAUCUUCAUGGUGCUGUGUAACAGUAUUCGGUUGCGUCAUUUGGGAAGAACAGAGUUUCCAUCUCUUUUCCUAUCUCGACUUCAUUGGCAGUAUUCGGCGAUGCUGUGUUGUCAAAUACGAUGGAGAAUAACUGGCAGUUUGUUUGUACUUGAUUUCCCCUACGGGGGUUAGGACAGCUUGGCCUUCAUAUUGAUUCUCUAUUCCAGCAAAUUGGGAGGGGUUGGACAUCUCGGCCUCCCUUUUGCAUGUACUGCAGUAAAUGUUAAGAACAUAUUUUUCGUCAACGAUUGGCUCUGUAUGAAGCUUCCGUGUUCGUUGUUCCGUUCUGUUUCUGUUCCGGAUUGAAGGGGUGAGGUUGAGGUAGAAAACACGUUAGAUGAAGCAACUCGCACUUGUUUGUUGCUGAUUAUGUAGGUUCGGAUUGACGGGGGCGAGGUCGGGGUAGAAAAAACGUCAGGUAAAGUAGGCAGUACUCGCACAGUGCACUAAAUACGCCAAUUGAAAACGCGGAGUGUGGAAAAAUAUACAUUAAGAAAUCUCGUCGUAUUCAGUGGGUAUGGCUACACAGAAGUGAAUAUAGCACGUCACGUCGCUAUUCUUGGUAUUACACUACUGAAAUCUACCCAAACCAAAACAAGUGGCACAUUUCCGCGCACAUUUCCGCUUAAGAAAGGCGCCUAAAAAAGAAUGAAGAUGCAUUUUCGAC